CAAAAGGAACACAGUCACAGAUGUCUACAGUCUAACCCUCAAAAGAAAUGCUUCUGUUAAUGACGUGCAGAGUUCUGCUGACUCUGGGACUGGUGAUGCUAGGGCUUGCUGCCAAGACAGAGCUACAGAAGAAGAGAUACAAGGGUGUGAAGGGUGUGAAAUUAAUCCUGGAUUCCAGUCUGAAAACCCCCCCUGACGUUGUCACACAUUUAAACAAGAAGUCCCUCUCUCCCUGGACAUACAGAGACAUCCAUGACAUGGACCGCAUUCCCGAGCGGUUGUCCCAGGCAGAGUGCAUUAGCUCCUACUGUGAGUUCCCCCACGGAGGGGAGGACAUGGGGUUUGAAUCCAAGCCUAUCUCCUACCAGACCCUAGUCCUGCGCAGGAUCCCCUCCCCGGGCCGGAGGAGGGGAAACAAGGGACCGACAACUAGUAACAACCCUGUGUUCAGGUUGGAGAGUGAGAUUGUAACCGUGGGCUGCACCUGUGUAGUUCCCAAUAUUAUCCAGCAGGAUUACUACUAG